AUGAUGAUGGUGGCGAUAUUCCAGGAUUCCCGUACAACGAAGCAAGCCGUGUCAACGCCUUUACUAGAUGGAAUGGUCAAGGCUGAGGUCAAAGUUGUGAAACUACCAGACCCUCCCGCGCCUCAAAUGUGUGUGUCGUUACCACAGCCACCAGUGGAGCAAGCAGGAGCUGAGCUCGUUGUGCUACCCACGACACCCACAACGGUGCUUCCUACGAAUGCUCCAGCACCACAAAUAAAUCCGAACAAUACAGCAGGUACCCCACGCGAAAACCCCAUUCAAUCAGAGUUUCUUGAUCUGGCCGAACACUACUGA